GCUGUGAAAUAACCCUUAAUACCAGUGAUCUGGUGGUGGUUUGAGAAUGUGUGAUUGAUGUAGGCCUCUUUGAUCUGUUUGCAAUAGUUUCUUGGUAGAUACCAUGAAUCUUUGUUUAGGAGUGGAAUGCUUCGUGACUCCCCAGUCUCUUUGUCACAAACUGAACAUGAUGGCCAACAAUCCCCAGAACACAUCUGCCUCCUCCUUCGCUCCCUCUUGUGACAAGAACCAUACAUACCAAUCUUUCACCAUUUCCAGGCUGAAGCUUCUGUACCUCCUGUACUCGGCCAGCAGGGGGUGUAGUUCCUGCAGGUAGGAGCCCAGAGCUGCAUGGGCAGCUGUCCCAUUGUCCUACUCCAGGCGAGCUUGGUGCACCAGCAUCUGGGAGUGGAAGGCGGCUCAAUUGAUCCAGUGCUUGAGUGCCCGCGUGCUCAUGUGGCCGUCAUGCAGCAUGGAGUUCUUCAGACGAGUCAGCUGGACACUGAGCUCAGCCUCCAGGCGGCGCGUUUCCUUCAGCAGGCGCUCACUAGCCCCCACGUGCAUCCGGUGGAGCUUCAGGUACUCCUCCAUCAGAUCACGCACUGCUGAAACUUUCUCUUCAGCAAAGACAUGGCGGAGCAGGUGGGACGCAUCUGGCUGGGGCUCCCCGAGACCUGCUGCGCUGAUCUCUAAGAUCAUGGAGACCACCAGAGCACCAAUGCCCACUGCGUUGGGCACACUGCUCAGGCCGGCAAGAGCCGCAUCCAGGCUGGCCACGUAGAACAGGGCCUGGCUGCCCACAAAGGCCAGCAGCUGGGCAGAGUGGUCCUGCAGCACGACCGACGAGUUGAGCCCAAAGUACUGCAGGAGGGAGUCGUCGAUGCCUACAUCGGGCAGGCCCCCUUGAUUGUAGAACUGGUUCACCAGGAAGGCCUGGUCCUCCUGAGAAAUCACGAGGGGAAGGUUCCACAACAUUGCUGCAGCGGACUAUGUAAAGGCCCACCUUCCGGAGUCUCUGAGGCAGCAGUUGCUGUCCUAUGAAAGGGAGAAGAGGGAGAGCGUUCCCUCCUACCCCAGCAUCCUGGAGCAGCGUAUCCUGGCUGUAGACCGAGACAUGGUGGACAAGCUCUCUGCCAAUCACGACGAAGCAGGUACUACAUGUCUGGUGGCCCUGCUAUCGGACAGGGAGCUGACGGUGGCCAACGUUGGGGACUCACGAGGCGUGUUGUGUGACAAGGACGGAAACGCUGUGGCAUUGUCACAUGACCACAAGCCAUACCAGCUGAAGGAGCGCAAGAGGAUCAAGAGGGCAGGGGGCUUCAUCAGCUUCAACGGCUCGUGGCGCGUCCAGGGCAUCCUGGCCAUGUCUCGCUCGCUGGGCGACUACCCCCUAAAGAACCUCAACGUGGUCAUCCCCGACCCCGACGUGUUGACCUUUGACCUGGACAAGCUGCAGCCCGAGUUCAUGAUCCUGGCGUCGGACGGGCUGUGGGACGCCUUCAGCAACGAGGAGGCAGUGCGUUUCGUGCACGAGCGCCUGGACGAGCCGCACUACGGUGCCAAGAGCAUCGUGCUGCAGUCUUUCUACCGCGGCUGCCCCGACAACAUCACCGUCAUGGUGGUCAAGUUCAAGAGCGGCCCCGUGGGGAGCAAGGCUGAGGAGUAGAGGCGGUGAUGAGGUCACGCGUUUGUGACGGGGUCAUUGUUAUUGUUAUGCUAUAGAUAGACUCUCCUCCAUUAUGGAUAGUGCAGCAAGCAAUCAAUGGGGAGGAUUGGGAACUGUUGCAACAUGCAUACCUGGCAUUCUCUUUGAAACGCACGUACAACCACCCCAACAUCCUAAACGAUGUAGUUUGUUUUUCAUUUCUAUGACUUUUGGAUAGAGAAGUAUUUUUGCUUGAAUUAUGGCCUUAACUCGGAAGCUGGAGUGCUUGAUCAUCUUGACACACACACAUACACACACACAUACACACGUCCAUCUGCCGUCUCACACAUUGGCAUUCGGCACGAAAACACAACUGGAGAUCACCUCUUCUUCAUCACUGAGAAGAUGACUCUGACUCAAACAGUACAGCAAACUGAUCUAGUGUUCUCUGCUCACCCUGCUGCAGUGUAUUGUACUGUCACAGGACUGAUACUGUCCUGAAGAAAAUUGUAAAAGAAAAAGCACCUGUUGAGACUUUUCAUUUUGGUGGAAUGAUAAGCCCUUAAGCAUCGGCCCAUAAAAAUGUCCUUGGUCAUAUACAGGAGCAGUUAUACCCUGAUCUAGCUCCAGCCCUUGCCUUUUUCGUCAACAUAGUCGUAACAGGGCUGAUGUUAAGUUACUGUAUUAUGGUACUGGACCUGUAUAGGACAUUUGUUUAGCCUAUCCGUGUUUAGGAAAGAUCUGUGGAUUUUAGCACACAGGUGUUGAUGCCUUCGAUCAUGGGAAUCGUACGGACUGGGAGGUGCAUCUCAGACUGCUUAUUAAAGCACCGUUACCCAUGACGACUGAGUUAAAGGCUACACAGCUGAAACAGGAAGGCUAAUUGCCAGUAAUAUGGCCACCCGUGUGUUAGUUUUACAAGUGUACUACUGUAUUGAAUACUACUAUUACAGCUGUAUUUCCAACACUCUCACAGGCUCACCUCAGAAUUUGACGUUCAUUCAUGUUUCUCAAACGUCAAAUUUCGAAGUAGUUCCAAACAUCAAAUUUCUAAGUGUUUAAGAUUUAGGCAUUAACUCCACAUUUUUAAGGUUAGGGUAAUGUUUAGGCAUUAACUCAGAAUUAUUACGGUUAUACAUUAACCUUUCAGAAUUAAGUUUUGGGAUAGGCUUAAAACCAAAAUAUAAAAACAGCUUUCUAUCGCUGGAUUCGAAUAUGCAACUUUUGGAACCAAAUGCAGAUGUUUACGCCCACCCGCCAUCCCCAUUCACAACGUCCUAGCAAAACCCAAACCUACUGGAAGGGAACAGCACUGACUGUUGUCCCUAGUGGUCGGUUUCCUCUUUAUCUCCUGGAGUCAUCAGACAUGGAUGGACAUUGAAUACUGACUUGUAUAAGGGGUGACCAGCAUGUUAUUUAUUUCAUAGGUACAUAAUUUGAAUUUAAAAUAUAUAUAUAUACGUAUGUUAUAUUAUCAUAUACACCGAAUAGGUGUUGUGUACAGGGUUAACCAUAGUAUGGUGCCUCUGGAGCAAAUUAAGGUUAAGUGCCUUGCUCAAGGGUAUAUCGACAGAUUUUUUAUUUUGUCUGGUCGGGUAUUCAAACCAGCAACCUUUCAGUUACUAGCACAACGCUCUAACAGGUAGGUUACCUGCUGCCCUAUGAUGUGGCAAACCGUUUAUCAUUUAACAAUGUACCUUAAUUGCCUUAUUUAUUUUUUCAGUUUUAAUCUUAUUGUCAAAACAAAACAUACACAGAUGUUUAUUGUUCACCUGUGCAUACAGUAUGCAUAAGUUGAUAAUGCAACAAGCAUCACUUGUAGACAGUUCACCAACAAGUCACUCAUAUAAUCUGCCAAACACAAAAUGUAUGAAUUUGCUGAAUGCAGUCUGUCAGUAUUAAAUCCAAUGCCACCAUGUCAAAUGUUGCUGUUUUUGUUUGUUAUUACAGCCAAUUUGAAAGACUGUGCAAACAGUCUAUUUAGCUACCACUGCACUCUGUGAUUUAACACAGUAAAUUACUUUGUAACAUAAGUCCAAUAAUUUUUUGAAAACAUAUAAUACAGCAAAGGGAUUAAUAAACGGGUCACAGAUUUGUCUGACCUCUGUUGCUUAUUCAUGUAUGGCAAUGUGUAUGUGACCUUUCUGUAGCUUACAAACCAAGUAUGGCCGCCAAGAAACAGAUUUGUGCAGUAUUCUCUGGGGCCCGUGAGAAACCACAAUGACGCACUCACAUACCCAGCCGAACAAUCAUAUCUCUGUAUUCAUGUUUCUUGCUUCACCAGUGUGCUGGAUUGUCACACAUUGAUGAAUACGUCUCCCAUCAGUCACGUCAUGACACUAAACAAUUGAUUGGGUUUUAUUUGAAAAUCCUCAAUGAUGACAACAAGCAUAAGAAUGUUUGGGCUGGUGAGAUCACAGCCAGAAAGAACACAUAUGACGUCGUUGAUACACUUCUGGGACCGCUAGACACAGGCACAAAUAGUUCUGUCUGCGCUAUAACUCUAGUAACCAAACACCCUACCACUAGCUACAGAGGCUUGGCAGUUGCUGGCGUGCGUCGCCUAGACAGUGCGCAAGCUAGGGACCAAGUCAAAACUGACGGCCGGUGCCAGGUGGAACCGGCCUUAGAAUAGCAUGUAGGUCUACAUUUGUAAAAUAGUCUUAUCGAAUGUGCAAAAUGCCAGAGAGGUGUGGUAACAUUCAACAGGCUUUCCGUAAACCAAAGUCACUGUACUUAACGCCGCCUUACAGGAAAGCUAAGCUCAUUAUUUGGGAUACUGAGCUUCUAUAAGAAGUAUUCGGUCAUUGGGCCAAGCGAAACAAGUGUGUAGCAAACAGCAGCACAAGUGAGGAAAGACAGGACCUUUGAGUGUGUUUGCAAUUAGGGUCUCUAUCUGAGCUUUGGUUCUUCCGGAGCUGACUCAUAUCUGCUUUUGAGGUGAAUUUGGUAUUAGUUUUGAAGAAUGGGUCAGCGCGGAUCCAAGCCCACUGUGGUAGAGGUGUGGGAGCUGUUCCAGUGCUUUGGUGCUCGGGCGCCCGUGAAACGUAAUUCAGUGUAUCAGAAAAUGAACGAAAGCUCCACACGUGCCCUUACUAUCCGGUUCCAAGAGACGGUGAAGAGGCCGGACCUCUCUCAUGACGCCGGGAUUCAUGAGAGGAGUACGCGACCCCACUCAUGGCACUACAGCCGCCGGGACACGGGACUAGUGUAUGUAAUGGAUGACCCGACCGGUGGAGUUUGGAUGAAGCCGAGAGAGAAAAAUACAAGAUCCUGAAAAAUAGGGACGUCUAUGGUUUUAAAUUGGUCUCUAUUCAUGAGAAAGUUUAGCCUUCUCUAGUAGGGUGCAUCUCGGGCUUCUGCGCAAUCGUGCGUAAUCGCUGCGGCGUAUUUGUGCGGUGUGUCUCUCAAAUGGACAGAAGAUCAGUGAUUGAGAGAAAUUUCAGGGGGAUGUGCUUGACCGCACCACCUUGCACUGACCAGUGAGAAAAAGGAUUACAUUGGAUUGAUUACUCUCUGGGUGCAUGUUAUCCAGCAGAUUGUUAUCUACCAUCCACUGUCCUAAGGUUAAUACACCAAACGUUGUAUUAUCAUGAAUUAAUCUAAUAUUUGUGGAUGAAAAUGCAUGCUUGGAAGCACAGCCUAACCAGGUGCCUCCACUCUGGAGUCGAUUUAGUCCAUUCAUUGUGCCAUUGUUCUUUGCGCACAUUUAUCCUACAUUUUCUUUGACGUGUUAUCCAGCAUGAGCAAGUUUCAUUUUAACCAGUAUGUUCAUAGGCCUGCCUAUUCAGUGAAAACAUAUUUAAGCACAAUUCAUGUGUCAACUAUUUAAAAACCUAUGGAAUGGACUUCAUAAUAGGCUCGAUAAAGUGGAUUAUUUUGGCACACAUGCAGUCCUGGGCUACCAGCUGGCAGAAAAAGAUACAAUGCCGCCGUCAUGUGGAUGAGAACAUUUAUGUCUACAUUGACGACAGCAAAGAUACUUAUUAUUAUUAUUUAUUUAUUUAUUUAUUUAGGUUACUAGUCUUCUCAUCUCAACCCUUAUAAAAAAAGAUUGCCGUUUUGAAACUGUAAAAGCGCAGUAACUGCGGUCGACUGUGGUAAAAAAAAACUAUUAUUUGGAUGCAGUAUUUUCAGCAUACUGCAAUUAUACUGCACUCUGACUGCAAUCUUUUUUUGUAAGGGAAACAAUGGUAUCAGUAAAACUGAAGAGAUAUGCCAAGGGCAGGAGCCAGAACCAUGAACUUCGACUUGACCUUUUCAUUAGAUGUUUUUGACAUGUCUGGCUACCAGCCAACUACUGUAACGAAAUCAAUCAACACAACCAGGGUUUGAUUGUCGUGUAUGUCUUUUUCUCUUUCCAGCCUGAGUUUGGAAAUACAUUAAUCUGUUUCUGUUUAGUGGUGGGCUGUAUUUGUAGUCAGGAACUUGAUGGGACCCUUUGGCAUUUACAGUUUGACGAUAGAAAUUCCACCGUGCAAAAACUGGUUGAAUUAACGUUGUUUCCAUGACAUUUCAACCAAAUAAUGAAAUGUGAUGACAUUGAAUCAACGUGGGAAACGGAUUGGAUUUAAGGGAAUUUCGUAUAUUUUCACACAACUUUUAUCCUAAAUCCAAUGACAUGGGAACAUUUUUUGUUUAUUUCACAUUGACACACAUUUAUAUUUUAAAAAGUAACGUGUUAACAACACAAUAUUGCUAAUCAACCAGGUUGUCACCAAAAUAAUUGUAAUAUAACAGUAGCUUUAUGUUCUUUCUUUUUUUAAUGCCAAUACUGUUUUCUAUGUUACAAGGCUCCACUUUUUCAUUGUUUUUUUGUGGUAUCGAUGAAAAUACUUGAUUGGGGAAUGGGGAUACGUUUUUAUGAUGGGAAAUGAUAAAACACACACAGGAGCAUUUACACACAUAUACACACACUCACAGUGUUUGUACUCAUGUUAUAGCCAACUCUUGAAUUUUGUAUGAAUAAUUUAUCAAAUA